AAUCGUUCGUUCCUGGCCAAUCCUUUGGGACGGUGACGGCUAAUCUCUUCCAUAUAUCAAGAAUUGCGCGGGAGGAAUGAGCUGUUCAGUAUACAUCUGGAAAUGGAUACUGCCGGCGCACCAAAUACGCCGCCGUCGAAGCUGAAGCUGACGCCAAUCGAAGCAACUCCGGAGACUUUCAAGGAAUUUGGGCAGGUGAUCGGGGUUUCGCCGGACGGUGAGAAGUUCGGACCUCAGGAUGCGCAGUUAGACCUCAGUCGAGGCAUUCCCAGGUUCUACAUUAUGCAUCUUGAAGACCAACCACUCAAGUUUUCUUCGAUUACACAUCAUGCAAGUGUGACCCAGUGCCUUGGUUCGAUUGGUGGCCAUGUUUGGUAUCUUGGAGUUGCUAAGCCAUCCAUCCUGGACCCAGAUGAAAUUAACGGUGAUGCAGGCAUGAAUAUUGUGAAGUCACGCCGUGGUCACUUCUAUGUGCCUCCUGCUGUUGAGGAUGUGCGCAUUUUCAGAAUUUCAGGUCCUAAGUUUCUAAAACUGAAUCGUGGAACAUGGCAUGCUGGUCCUUUGUUUAAGGCUGAUACAAUGGACUUCUACAAUCUAGAACUCAGCGACACCAAUGUGGUAGACCACACCACACACAACUUCUUGAGAGCAAAUGGAGUGCUCAUAUUAAUAGAUGAGUAGCUGCUCUUUCUUUACCGCUUGUCUUCCAUCUGAGAAUGCAUCUGUGAGAUCAUUGCUGUCGCCGCUUCUCCAUCAUAAAUGUAAUGUAAAAUGACCAAGUUACAUACUCUCUUUUGCUAAUCAGCAUUUUAAUUUCAUUUUAUAAGAUUGAUUUUUGAAAGAUACACUUGGGUUCAA